CGAACGGGGCAGCCCCUCCCGGCUCCGCAAACGCUGCGGGGCGCUCAAACGGUGCUGGACACGCAAACGCCGCAGGCGUUGCCUUUGACAUGAGCGUUUCGGUCUCUUCGAACGCCCCCGCCGGCGUUCCGAACGCUGCCGAGCUCCUGACGCUCACCAACGUUUCCACUUAUCCCUCCUCCAUCCCCAUCCUCCUGUCCCCGGCGCCCUGCGGCCCCGACUCCCCGUUCCUGUUGGUCCUGGUGCCCAGCGCUGCGGCACACGCUGCUCAGCGCCAAGCCGUGCGGGACACGUGGGGGGGGACGACACCCCCAAACCCUCCGAAAACACUUGAAAACGCCGCCCAAAUGGCCCAAAACAGCCUUGAAACGCCUGAAAACGCCCCUAAAACGCCUGAAAACGCCCCCCAAAUGCCUCAAGCUGCUGCUCCAAUACCUCAAAACGCUCCCCAAACGCCCCAAAACGCCCCCCAAACGCCCCAAAACGGCCCCGAAACACCCGUUUCGACGCCCUCCACCCGCACCAUUUUCGUGCUGGGGCUGCCCCCGCGCUCCGUGCCCGCCGCGGCCCUGCUGGAGGAGUCCCGCCGCCACGGGGACGUCCUUCAGGGCGCCUUCCCCGACGCUUACGCCACCCUCAACCUGAAGACGCUGCUGCUGCUGCGCUGGGCGACCGCGCGCUGCCCCGGCGCCCGCUUCCUGCUCAAGGCCGACGACGAUGUCUUCGUCAACGUCCCGUCCCUGACGAGCCACCUGCGGGCGCCCGACCUCCCCCAGCGCCUGUACCUGGGGCGGGUGCACUGGUGGGUGCCCCCCAACAGGGACCCCCGGAGCCGGCACCACGUACCGGGUGCUCUGUACCCCGCCGGCCGCUUCCCCCCGUACUGCAGCGGCACGGCCUACGUGCUGUCGCGCGAGGCGGCGCUGGCCGUGCUGGCGGCUGCCCCACACGUCCCCUUUGUCGCCCCAGAGGAUGUGUGGGUCGGGCUGUGCGCCCGGCGCGCCGGUGUGGCACCGCGGCACUCAGCCAGGGUGGCGGGUGCCAUGCGGGUGCCCCUCGAUGGGUGCUGCUAUGGGGAGGUGCUGUUCAGCGCGCACGGGCUGCGGCCCGACGACAUGAGGAGGGUUUGGGGGAUGCUGACGGGGAGCGGGGGGAAGAAAAGGGGGUGCGGGGGGUGGGGGAGGGUGUUUGGGGUGUUGAGGUGUAGGGUGAUGGCGGCGAGGGGGGGCGGAGGGUGGUGAGGGGGUGAUGGGUGCUGUUUUGGGGGUGAUAGGUGCUGUUUUGGGGUGCAUCAGCGCAAGGACACGGCGGAGCGGGCACCAGGACAUUGCACGUGGUCGAGGGGACGCUGCAGCCCUGGGCUCAGCGCACGAGGCCACCGCACGGUGCUGGGUGUAUCCAUGAGGAUCCUGCAGCUCCAGGAUGCAUCUUCCCAAGGGAUCAAGGGACACGAGGACACCGCGUGGUGCCAAGUGUGCACAGGGGGACAAUCAGCACAAGAUCCCAGCCCUGGUGAGGGGACACCGAGGUCCCUGGUGCCCAUCAGGACAACAUCACCCUCUUUAAGGGUUUAAGGGGUUGGAAGGAGCUUGGGAGCAGCCUCAGCCUCAUCCCUGUGAUCCUGGAGCAUCCUCGGGCUGUGGAGCCUUUGACGUGGUCCCAACGUCCGCCUGAACUGGGAGACAUGGACUUGAUGGGUGCGGAACCAGCUGGUCAUGGCCAACACUCCCGGUCAGCACCAUGGACAGUGGGAAUGAUGUAGGCCAAGGGAUGGGAUCCAGAGGGAUGGGAUCCAGAGGGAUGGGAUCCAGAGGAGGCCCUGGAGCUGCUCCAAGGGCUGGAGCACGUCAGCCUGGAGAAGGCUCCAUAGAGACGUCAGAGCAGCUCCCGGUGCCUGAAGGGGCUACAAGAGACCUGGACACGGAUGGAGGGAUGGGAUGGGGAGUUUGGGGGCUUCCAGCGGGAAGAGCUGGAUGGGACACUGGGGUGAAGUUCUUCGCCAGGAGGGUGGUGGGACACGGGAAUGGGUUGAAGGGAGGAGGUUUGGGUGCUCUUCAAGGCCACGUUGGACGGGGCUUGGAGCAACCUGGUGCUGUUGGACCUCCCAGUGCAAACCAGGCCGGUCCCACCCCCUGCCCGGGUCCCCCCAGGUCAAUAAAGGUGACA